AUGUCAAAGGUCAUCCAGAGGAAGAACCACUGGGUCACCAAAGUGAACGAGUGCCUGGUCGGCCGGGACGCGCGCGGGGAGCUGAGCGUGCGUCUACGCGGCGGCGCCGAGAACGGAGAGUUCGCGUCCGUGGGGCAAGUUGAGGAGGAUGCGGUGGUUCACCGGGACGGGGGCCCGUGCGAGGGGGAGCUGCUCCUGGAGGUGGAGGGGCUGCCCGUGUCGGGGUUACCCCUCUACGACAUCUCCACCGUCAUGAAGGGCUGCGAGGGUCCCGUCCGGUUGAAAACCGUGCGUCAAGGUCACAAGCUCACCAAGGACCUGAAGCACUACCUGAGCCUGAGGUUCCAGAAGUCCUCGCCCGACCACGAGCUGCAGAAGACCAUCCGGGCCAAUCUGUAUCGCCACGCUGUGCCUUGUACGACCCGCCCCCCUCGAGACGGAGAGGUCCCAGGGGUGGAUUACAACUUCCUGUCUGUGGAGGACUUCCUAGAACUCGAGGAUAGCGGCACGUUACUGGAAAUAGGAACAUAUGACGGUAACUAUUAUGGGACCCCCAAGCCGCCGAGGCAGCAGCCCAUCAGCGGGACAGUGAUUCUCGGUGAUGCAGGCUCCCAGCAGUCCACCCCGACGCGCACCAAGUCCUACAAUGACAUGCAAAACGCCCGCGUAGCGCCUGCUGACGACGACGAUGACGACCAGGCCACGGAAAUGAACAACAGCUUUACAGGUAACCCCAACGACCAGGACGAGAGCCGCGGCGGCACCCUCCGGCCGUACCCCGCGCGCGACAAUGCUCCCUCCUGCGGUCUGAACAAUGCGGCCGCCUCCACCGCCGACAGCGGCCAGCAGACCCUCGCGGAGCCGCAGGCGUCUCCGGAGGAGCCGCAGGGCCCGAUGCCUGAGAACUGGGAGAUGGCGUACACCGAGAGCGGCGAGCUUUACUUCAUAGACACGGCAAAGGCACGCCACCCGGACACGGCUGUGUGUUUUCAGAGCUUCCACAACACAAAGACCACGUCGUGGAUGGACCCCCGGUGUCGAGACAAAGCCCCCCGGCCGAUGGAGGAGUGCGACGACGAUGAAGAAGGGAUACACACGGAGGAGCUGGAGACGGAUCUGGAGCUGCCUCCGGGAUGGGAACGGAUAGAAGACCCAGUGUACGGGGUGUACUACGUGGAUCACAUAAACAGGAAGACCCAGUACGAGAACCCGGUGGUGGAGGCGCGGCGUCGGAAGAUCCUGGAGCAGCAGCCGCAGCCGCAGCCGCAGCCUCCAGAAGGUGAGCGGUAUAUUCGAGAGUGGAUCGAGGAGCACUCGUCGGCGGCGACCCCGUUGGCGAACUACGCCUCGAACCACCUGGAGACCUACAGGGACCCCCAGAGACCCCCCACGCUGCCCCCCAUGCCCACAGGAGCCAAACGAGGGAAGCCGUUCUUCACCAGGAACCCCGCGGAGCUGAAAGGAGUCUUCAUCAACACCAAGCUGAAGAAGAGCCGGCGCGGCUUCGGCUUCACCGUUGUCGGGGGCGACGAGCCGGACGAGUUCCUGCAGAUCAAGAGCCUGGUGCUGGACGGGCCGGCGGCCGUGGACGGCAAGAUGGAGACAGGCGACGUCAUCGUCAGCGUGAACGACACCAUCGUGCUGGGCUACACCCACGCCCAGGUGGUGAAGAUCUUCCAGUCCAUCCCCAUCGGCUCCAUGGUGGACCUGGCGCUCUGCCGCGGCUACCCGCUGCCCUUCGACCCCGACGACCCCAACACCAGCUUGGUGACCUCGGUGGCGAUCGUGGACAAGGAGCCGAUCAUCGUCAACGGCCAGGAGGCGUUCCACUCGCCCUCCGGCAAGGCCGGCGCCGUCAACGGCGCGAGGGACCUGCUGCGGCCUCGCAGCCCCUCGUCCGAGAUGGCGUCCGACGGCUCGCACGGCUACUCCAGCAGCGACGUGGUCAACCUGGCGUCGUCCAUCGCCACGCAGCCGGAGCUCAUCACCAUCCACAUGGAGAAGGGCGACAAGGGCUUCGGCUUCACCAUCGCCGACAGCCUGACGGGCGGCGGGCAGAAGGUCAAGCAGAUAGUGGACUACCCGCGCUGCCGCGGCCUGAAGGAGGCGGACAUCCUGAUGGAGGUCAACAAGAGGAACGUCCAGAACAUGAGCCACAAUCAGGUGGUGGACCUGCUCAGCAAAUGCCCCCGAGGCAGCGAGGUCACCAUGCUGGUGCAAAGAGGAGUGGUGCAAGCCAAGAGGAGUCCAAAGCUGGUGCACCAGUUGGAGAGGAAGGACAGCCAGAGCAGCUCCCAGCACAGCGUGUGCAGCCACCGCAGCGCCCACACCGACUCUCCAGGCCACCCGCCGUCUGCCAUGCCCGGCGGCGGCGGCGGCGAGGCGGCGCCUCCCACCCCCGCCGCCCCCACGCAGCCUCUGCCGGGCCUUCCCCCUCAGGACCCCGCAGAUGGCACCCUCACCCUCCAGAAGAAGCCGGACCCCUUCAAGAUCUGGGCGCAGUCCCGGAGCAUGUACGAGAGCCGACUGCCAGAUUGCCAGGAGCAGGACAUUUUCCUUUGGCGGAAGGACACAGGCUUCGGCUUCCGUAUCCUGGGAGGAAAUGAGCCCGGGGAACCCAUCUACAUCGGCCACAUCGUGAAGUACGGGGCGGCGGACGAGGACGGGCGCCUGCGCUCGGGCGACGAGCUCAUCUGCGUGGACGGCACGGCGGUGGUGGGCAAGUCGCACCAGCUGGUGGUGCAGCUGAUGCAGCAGGCCGCCAAGCAGGGCCACGUCAACCUCACCGUCAGGCGCAAGUCCACCGGGUACCCGGCGUCCAAAGGCGAAGGCGACGUCCCCCCGUCGCCGGCCUCCUCCCACCACAGCAGCACCCAGGCGCCCAGCCUGACGGAGGGCAAGCGGACCCCCCAGGGGAGCCAGAACUCCCUCAACACAGUCAGCUCCGGCAGCGGCUCCACCAGCGGCAUCGGCAGCGGCGGCGGAGGCGGCAGCGGCAGCGCGGUGGUGCCCGCCUCCCUGCAGCCGUACGACGUGGAGAUCCAGCGCGGGGAGAACGAGGGCUUCGGCUUCGUCAUCGUGUCGUCCGUCUCCAGACCCGACGCCGGCACCACCUUCGCCGGCAACGCUUGCGUGGCCAUGCCCCACAAAAUAGGUCGCAUCAUCGAGGGCAGCCCGGCGGACCGCUGCGGGAAGCUGAAGGUCGGCGACCGGAUUCUGUCCGUCAACUGCUGCUCCAUCACCAACAAGUCGCACUCGGACAUCGUCAACCUGAUCAAGGAAGCCGGGAACACGGUGUCGCUCAGGAUCAUCCCAGGUGAUGAAUCUUCUAACGCUUCUCUGCUGACUAAUGCGGAGAAGAUCGCCACCAUCACCACCACGCACACGCCGCAACAGACCGCGGAGACCCGGAAUAACUCAAAGUCAAAAGGAGCUCCUCCCCCUCCGCCCAUGCACAGUCAGACGACACAGGACGCAGAGUUCUACUCCGUGGACCUCGAGCGGGACAGUAAAGGCUUCGGCUUCAGCCUGCGAGGAGGACGGGAGUACAGCAUGGACCUGUAUGUGUUGAGGCUGGCGGAGGACGGGGCGGCAGUCAGAAACGGCAAGAUGAGGGUGGGAGAUGAGAUCCUGGAGAUCAACGGCGAGAGCACCAAGAACAUGAAGCACUCGCGGGCCAUCGAACUGAUCAAGAACGGCGGUCGGAGGGCGCGGCUCGUCCUCAAGCGGGGGGACGGGUCCGUACCCGAGUAUGACGGCAGCAGCAGUGACGGGCACCCUGCCACACCCGGGCCACAAAACACUCCGGAAGUGAGAACGCUGCCGCCGAACAGCCGAUAUCACACCUCAUUGGAGUCCAGUUAUCCACCAGACCUUCACAAACCAUCACGCCAGGAGGAGGCUGCGCGUGGCCAAGACAGGGACAGGGCCGGCUCCGAUCAGAUGGACUACCGAGGCCGGCAAUUCAACCCCCACCAUCAUCACACCUGGAAUAACAAUCACAGUCAAAGCAACCCCAGACAGCUGUCUCCAGACAACAGCAACGGCGGCAACAAGAAGAGCCGAGGCCGCAAAGUCAAGAAGUCCGAGUCGGAGAGCGGCAUCUCCAAACUCCUGAAGACUCUGAGGAAAGACAGCUCAGGGAAGAAGGCCGCCGCCGCCGAGAAACUCCGGGGCCGAGAGCUCUCGGGCAGCAGCUCCACCUUGGACGGGAGGUUUCGCCAGCAGCGCCGCGGCUCCCUCGACCGCUCGCCGACGCGACAGCGGGCCCCGUCUCCCGACCGCCGGCGGGCCAAGUCAAUGGACCGCAGGGCGCACCGGGACCGCACGCCGGAGAGGGAGCGCGACGACGGCGGGUUCCUCGCUGUCACGCCCGAGCGCAAGUUCUACGAGCGGAGGCUCCUCAAGGACUCGCCGGGGGGCGGGCGGGUCGGGGAGGCCGCCACCCCCGAGCGCACCACCACCGCCAACAACAACAACAACGGGGAUUCCUCGUCUCUCUCCAGGGGCCGCGCGUACGACCGAGCCUCGAAGAACGGCAACCUCCUGAGAGACUCCUCCCCGGAGAGGAGGGAGGAGCGGUACCCGGCUAACGGGACUCCGGAGCGGCGGUACCGAGUGGAGCGGGACUCUUCCCCCGACAGCAACUACAGCCGGGACGAAACGAACUACGCGGCGGCGCCGCCCAGACUGGUGGAUUACUACGGCGCGAUGAAGAACAACAACGCCGCCUACAACAACGCGGGCCACAACAAUAACGUGGGAGGCCGCGCCCCGAACCAGCUCCCGGAGCCCAAGAGGAGGCUGUACAAAGAAAGCCCCAAAGACCUCAGCAUCUAGAGCUCCGCCUCGCCGCUCUCUCCUAACUUUGUACGAUACACUGGAAUCGGACUUUCAGAGGAUACGAACUCUCGUGCUUUAUUUGGUCGACCGGUUUAUUGAUUGAUUUUUUUUUCCGAUUGACUUACUUGUGAUCCCAUCCAGAGAUUCAUAAAACAGCAGGAGUACAAUCCUUCUCUCAGUUCAUACUGGUUGUUUUCGUCAUUGUUAUAGUUAUUUUGAACAUAACAAGAGGUUGUCGUACUGUUGUGAAGGUAUUGUAUGUGCCUGCAUAUGAAAUCAGUGAUAUUGCUUUUUUUUUUUUGUAGGCAUUUGCUGACUCUAAAAUAUUUGUUCCCUCAGAGGUAUGAAACAAUGCUUCCAGUUGUGGUAUCUUCUAAGCUUUUUGUUUUUCAACUAGUUUUUUUAAUUUUUCUUUUCUUUUUAGA